UGCCUUCUACGUUUGCGCUGGAUUCAGCUGUUGUGCGGUAUUCGCGUUUCGCGUACGCAUGUCGCGAGACUCUCGUUGGGACUUGAGACGCGGAGUUGGAGACAAGGCGAGAGGAGAGAGCACGGAAUUCCACCGAGAUCCCCGGAGAUCCCGGCAGAUCCAUCACUGACAGUAUCACAGCCGACGACGCGAUGACGGGGUUCACGGAGAGCGCCUUGGUCAAACGGCUGAUGGAUCUGAAUCCCUCGCAACAGAGCAUCCAGACGCUCUCGCUCUGGCUCAUACAUCACAGAAAACACCAUCCGACCAUCGUGAAGAUCUGGUUCAAGGAGAUGUGCAAAGUGAAGGACAAUCGCAAAUUAAUGUUUAUGUAUCUGGCGAAUGAUGUCAUCCAAAAUAGCAAGAAGAAAGGGCCAGAGUUUGGAAAGGAAUUUGAAACAGUUUUACCAAAAGCAUUCGAGCAUAUGAAAGGUUUUGAUGAAAAGACGAGGGACCGGUUAAACAGGUUAUUGCAAAUCUGGGAAGAGAGAGGAGUCUAUGACAAAGCGCAGAUAUCGGAGUUUAAAGCAGCUUUUGUAACUUCCGAGAAAGAUUCUGUGGCACCGCCAAAAAAGAAGGCAAAAAUUGAAAUAGAGAAAGUAAAGAAGGAGAAAAAGGAAAAGAAAAAGUCGGAGACUGAGAUCGAGGUGGAUGGCACCAAAGAGCUUCAUGUGACAUUAAGCCCACGGACCCCUGCUGGCGAUCCACCAGAAACCGAGGAACUCAUCAAAGCCUUAAUGGAUUUGGAAAAUACCGCGUCCUCUGAUGCCGGUGUUAGGGAACGUAUCGCGUCCUUGCCACCAGAAGUUUCGGAGGUCUCGUUGCUCGCGAAUCUCGCUGAUCGAACGGCCGCGGAUCAGUUGAGCGCCGCGGUAAAUGAGGCCGCCGCUCUUCUGGCCGACUACAACGGACGGCUGCAGGCCGAAAUGGAAGAUAGAAGAAGAUUACUGACGAUGCUGCGAGACUACACUUUGGCGCAGAGACAACUACUUCAGCAGGCACAAAGCACCUUAGAAGAUUAUAAAGAAAAGCUUAAGAAGGUAUGUGCGGUUCGAUCGGAGGUGAAGUCCCAUAUUUCGAAUCUUCCCGAUUUAACGCAAUUGCCCGACGUGACUGGCGGCCUGGCGCCUCUUCCUUCCGCCGGAGAUCUAUUUUCCAUGCACUAGUGUAAGUUUGUGACGCGAGCGGCGUUAUAUAGUUUAUCACUUUAGUUUGCGUGAAUAGACGAAAGUUUGAGAUCCAUAGUAUGAGAGUUUUAUACGACGGCGAUGAAGGAACAAAGGAUUAUCGUUGAUGAUAACUUUGUACUGUGGAAUAUUUGAUAAAUCUAAUGUAUAACGAAAAGCCCCAUACAUAUAUGAGCGUAAAGUAUGAAACGGGGAAAUAUUAAUAAAUGAGACGAGACUGGAGUUAUACUGAGGCUGAAUGAUACCGAGUGAUAAUGAAUGCAAAUGAAUAUCUGGGUGAUAAGGGUACAGCAUUACUACAUACGAAAAAUUUGCAUUGUAAUUAUGGAUUUUAUACUUUAAUUGAUGGAUCGCUCAGCUCCUUUUUGAAUUCUUUUUGGCAAAACAGUAUGUACUAUACAUCUGUUUACGGCUAACGUAAAAACAUUUUUACGAGAUUACUCGCUGCACGAAGAAUCCUAUGUACGGUAACAUGGUAUGAAAAACUCAAAAUAUUUCGUAAAAUUUGUACGAUUUAUUCUGUAUCCGAAAUUGUACUCUGUAUCGUAAACUAAUUGGUUUCUUGAAUUGAUUAUGUGAAGACGCUAUAUGCACACAUCAUCGAAUCUAUUGUGCAUAACAUUAUGAAAAUCAUAAAAUGCUUAUAAAUGAAAUAAGCAGAAUCAUAUAAAGAUGCUUCUAAAUGAUAAAUUACGUGAAAAAUUCACAACGCCUCUUACGAAACCACGCGAAAUUCAUAUGACGGGCUAGCCGAGACUUUCCACUGAGUGUUGAUAAGGACAUCUAUAUAUUUACGAUAGGAUCUUUCAUUCUGGAAUUUUUGAAAUCGAUCAGAGUAGAAGAAAAAAAGAGGAUCCAGAAUAGAAAUGUCCUAUUGUAUUUCUAAAAGCGAUAGGGUCUUGCGUACCAGACCUGUGUAUAAUUGUUAGGGACGUUUUAUUACAUAUUUUUCAAUUAAGUAAUCAUUGUUUAUCGGCGCGAUAUAAUGAAGAUAAUACUCCAAGAUCGGGUAACUAUCACAUGUAUAUACGCUGUAGUUUAGUACGAUUUUUCUUAGAACUGACGAGACGGUCUUCGUAAACAUCCGAUUGUAAACGAACGGUAGUCCUCAUAGAUAAUAUUGUAACUAUUUUAAAAAGACAGAUUGCGUGACUGUGCAUAUUAAAAAAGAAAAAAAGAUUGUAAUAUGCAAAAUAUUAAGAAUAAAUGUUUUGAUCGUUA